UGUAUCUUCUCCUGCGAUUCAUUCCGCUGCUUCUAAUACCCAAAAGAGAUCCCCUUCCACGCAUAAUUUCACACCAUUCCCUGUUCUGCGUAUAUACAGCCAGCAGCGCAGGGAAAUGAGAAUUGCCACCUUACAGUUCGCCCCAAAAUUGGGGGAUGUGGAAGGCAACAUCAGACGGGCCAAUGAAUUGCUACAGCAUGGCAAAGUGCUCGGAGGUGUUGGGGUUGGAGUCGACAUCUUGAAGCCGGAGAUUCUGAUAUUGCCUGAGCUAGCUUUAACUGGCUAUAACUUCCCUUCGCUAGAGGCUAUCAAGCCAUAUCUGGAGUCUGCGGGGAAGGGACCAUCAGCUACCUGGGCACGAGAAACUGCUAGACGCUACCGAUGCAAAGUGUGCGUUGGGUAUCCUGAAGUCGAGGAAGCUGGGGCAAGCCAAGGGGAUGGUUCGAAUAGUCAGCAGGAGAUGUACUACAACUCUCUACUUGUAGUAGACGAGAAAGGGGAAGUUCUACACAACUAUCGCAAGACGUUUUUGUACUAUACGGAUGAGACAUGGGCCGUAGAGGGUGAUGUGAAGAGGGGCUUUUGUGAGCUUACCUUUGGUAAUUCGCCAGAACAAAAUUCUCCUAGCACCAACGUCGCCACUUCGUUCGGAAUAUGCAUGGAUAUCAACCCGUAUAAGUUUGAGACACCAUUCACCGCAUGGGAAUUCGCAAACCGAGUGCUGGAUUCGAAAUCUCAACUAGUCGUCCUUUCUAUGGCUUGGCUGACAUCGUUGGGCCGGGAAGAACUCGAUGCUCUCGCUGGGGAGCCGGAACUGGAUACCUUUAACUACUGGAUCCAGCGGUUUUGGCCCCUCAUCAAGAAACGAUUGCGCCAUGAGGUUAAUUUUGAUGGGGACGACGCUGAGUCUGGCAAGAAGACGGUUAUUGUUUUUGCGAAUCGGGCGGGAGAGGAACCAGGCCCUGAGGGAACCAACCCAGCUCUGUACGCUGGCACAAGUGCUAUUAUUGCUGUUACGCAACUGCCGCGACACCCCUCGGCUGAUGGACGAACUAGUGCGGCGGACAGAGGUCCUGGGAAUGGGUCCGAUGAGGAUCAGAGUGGGGACAAGGACACAUCGCCGUUUGAUGUGAAAAUACUGUGCUGGGAUAUGAUGGCCGCGGCAGCCGAAGGAAUUUGCUUUGCGGAUACAACGAUGGGCCCAAAAAUGGUUUUCGGCCUAGUUAAAGCUAGUAGAUAGUGUGGUUGGGCUUUGAGGAAGUAUCCAACGCCCGGGGGAUAAUAAGUAUCCUUUCAUAAAUGUCGGUGGAUGGGAAGUAUAACAUGUUUGAGUCUGUCAUCGCGCGAUCUGGAUGCUCGUACUCGUAAUGAUCUAUAGCCUAUCUACUACAAGAGGUGGGUUGUCAGGAUCGUGAAUAUGCUACAAUUUGCGAGCCAUUCUCUUCCAUCUGUUCAACUAUGCUAAAACGCCUUGUUCUUUUUAUUUUUGCGACGAUAGUCUCACGAGUGGUCGGUCAGCAUUCCGAUGAACGUCUUGCCACACUUACACGUCUAAGAGUCAUGUGGGUCACUUGACAGUCAUACUGAAUGCUUGUCCAUGUGAUAUUUGUUUCUUUCUUUUCUGCAAAGACAGGGGGGAUUCUAGACUUAAAAGUCCGGCGAAUAACCACCUAAUAGGUGCUCAAGCAGUGGCCCUGAUAAACUAUCGUCUCAGUACCUCCCUUUUACUUCACGCGCCCGUUAUUUUCUUUAACAUUCCACUUAUCUUAUGACCAGAUUGAUCGGCGCCUUUUCAGAUGGUGUCGAGAAU